GUUGUUGACUGUUAUUUGCCGCCGACCCCCAGCCGGGAAAGAGCAAUCUGCAAUCUGGCAACAAGAAUGUGGUGAGCUGAGAGGGGAUCUACGCUCGCAGGCGUUACUGGUGCUAGCCUGGAAGACUCCUGUCUCUGGUGGCCCAAGUUGGAGUGACGCGCGCAUCAGAUCAGACCAACCCACAUGAUAUUGGCGGCGGUGGCGGCGGCUGCACUAGGAUUUGUCAACGAAGCGAACCCGAUGACGAUGCGUGCAGCGUUGUGCUCAAGCUACGGCCCCGUCGACGAGGUGCUCUCUGUCGUGGAGGAUGCCCCACGCCCAACCUUCGAUCCCGCGGGCAAGGCGUCUCGGGGAUACGCCCUUGUCCGGGUUCAAGCGACCGCUCUGGCACCCGGUGACGUACGCGUACUGAGCGGCCGAACGGCUGAAAUACAGGGCCCGCCGUCUCUCCCAUACGUCGCCGGCGGUGCCGACCUCUGUGGUGUGGUGGAGGCCGUCGCCGACGGGGAGACGUACCUCAAGGUGGGCGACAAGGUGGUGUCCCAGUUCCACCGCAACUGGGGCGGCCUGGCCGAGUACGCGCUCGCCAAGAGCAGUCAGUGCGCGCGGAACCCGCCCGCCGGUUUAUCCCCGGCGGAAGUGGCCGCGACCGCUUCCAGCGGCGCCUCGGCGGUCGUAAUCUCCCGCCACGUGAAGCGCGGCGACCGGGUUCUGGUAAUCGGGGGUUCCGGGGGCGUCGGUACGUUCCUCGUGCAGCUCGCCCGGGCCAAGGGCGCCUCCUACAUCGCCGCCGUGUCCACGCAGACCGAGCUGAUGGCGGAGCUCGGGGCGGACAAGGCCAUCGACUACCGUGAAGAGGACGUCUGGGCCUCCAGCGAGUUCCAGGCGGAGGCUGGGAAGUUCGACGUGGUGUUCGACCUCGUGGAGAAGGGGUGGGACCGGGUGACGUCCAAGGGCGGGAGGGCGAAGCCGAUCGUGAAGACCGGGUGGCGAGGCGGACGUUUUGUGACGACGGUGCCUCCAUGCGGGAAGUGGUUCGAUGGUCACUCGAUAUGGCAGAUCAUCCGCGUGUUCAUGCUCCCCGUCCUCGGCAAGAUAAUCGGUACGUCGCUGUGGCCGUGGGGACGGCCGCGCUACAAGUUCGCCUUCGGCCUCGGUGUCGACGCAAAGCGCACUCAGUUUGCUGAGCUGUUUGCGCUGAUCGAAGCUGGCGACGUGCGCGUCGUGCUGGAUGGGAAUCGACCCCGCCGGUUCACCACGGAGGAGGUCCGCGCGGCGUUCAAGCUCCAAGAAAGCGGGCAUGCGCACGGCAAAGUUGUGGUACAGGUGGCAGAAUGAGUCUGCUUGACUUACGACGGGUCCAGUGCAGGCUGCACCAUCAAAGGCUGUAUCUACAGUUGGUGGUUCUUGUGGAGGAUGGUCAAACGACCAUCGUUUGUACAGUAGAGGGCCUUCAGGACACACACGUGACGGUGUGCGGGCCUUCUUGUGUGACGUCGGCCUGUGCGACACAAUUGCCAUUUUCUCGAAUGCCAUGCUUCCAUGAAUACGCUUUUGUUGUGAGUGCCCUCGCUCUAUCCGGGUGUCCCUGACUCUGCUGGUCUACAUGUACACCCUUUUUUUAUGUGUUUUUUUUUCAGGAAAGCCUGAACUACUUGAAACGGGAUUAGGAUUCCAGUCCCCCCCCCUCGCACUCCAGUGAGCGCCGAGCGGACCCUGGUCCAAGAAGGAAAUCACGUCGGUACAAUAGGUUCGUCGGCAUUGUCAGCCUGUUUUUGGCCACGUGUUAGAAUUACUUCCUUUGUUGCGGGGAUUUCCUCGAACUCCUCACAGGCAUCUUCACUUUUGUACGAGAGCACACAUUGAGGGAGAGAGAGCGAGAGAGGUUUGGGUCUUUUGCAUCCCAAACUAUUUGUACAGCAGUAGAAUGACGUACGGUAGUUCUUACGAGUAUAUGUUUGGGCGUACUUGCAGUACCGGCUCUACUGCAUGUGUUUGAUGCGGUCUUGUGAAGGCGUUGCCAAGCGCUACAACCGCGAGGAAGGCAGCUUGUGGGCGUGUGUGUGAAUAUGAAAAAUUGCUCUUGUGCAUCCUCUUAGCGUACCCCUUGCCACAAUCGCCAACAACAGGAUAUUGCUAAACAAUUACAGCUGCUUUUCCCCACAACCGAAGCGCCAAUGGGUAAAAUGUGGUUGCUA